GGGAUGUGUGUUUUACAGGGCAGGAAUGGCGAGCUAGAACAUCGGGCUGCGGACACACAUGUUGUAGCAGCUUGCAGGCUCGGACUACCCGUCAUAAUCCGAGUGUUACACAGUCACACAGCAGCUCGUCAGCUAAACUGAAGCUCGACAGUUGGACCGACAAAGCAGACGCCAUCACCCCGAGCUCCAGUUGAGUGUGUGGAAGCUAGGCUGGCACUUCCUGGGCUCUAAGGGACCGAGCUCCUGUCAGUAUGAACCCCCAACAGCAAGGCCAGCAGCUGUCUACGGCAGUGCAUCAACCACAGAAGCCACUACAGCCGGAAAUGGGCUAUAACAGCUUAUGCAAUUUUCAGAUUGAGAAGAAGAUUGGAAGAGGACAAUUUAGUGAGGUCUAUCGAGCCAAGUACUUGAUAGAUAACACUCCAGCAGCUUUGAAAAAAGUACAGAUAUUCGAUUUGAUGGAUGCCAAAGCCCGGCAAGAUUGCAUCAAAGAGAUAGAUCUCCUGAAGCAAUUGAACCACCCCAAUGUAAUUAAAUACCAUGCGUCAUUCAUCGAAGAGAAUGAGCUAAACAUAGUCCUGGAGCUGGCGGACGCCGGGGACCUCUCACGUAUGAUAAAGCAUUUUAAGAAGCAGAGGAGGCUGAUCCCUGAGAAGACCGUGUGGAAGUACUUCGUCCAGCUGUGCAGCGCACUGGAGCACAUGCACUCUCGGCGUGUCAUGCAUAGAGACAUCAAGCCGGCCAACGUCUUCAUCACGGCUGCCGGCGUGGUGAAACUGGGUGACCUGGGCCUGGGUCGCUUCUUCAGCUCCAAAACCACGGCCGCACACUCUCUGGUGGGCACCCCUUAUUACAUGUCUCCCGAGAGGAUACACGAAAACGGAUAUAACUUCAAAUCUGACAUCUGGUCGCUAGGCUGUCUGCUCUACGAGAUGGCCGCUCUGCAGAGUCCGUUCUACGGGGACAAGAUGAACCUUUACUCCCUGUGUAAAAAGAUCGAGCAGUGUGACUACCCUCCCCUCCCGUCUGAUCACUAUUCAGAAGAGCUGAGAAAGUUGGUGGAUAUGUGCAUCAACCCGGACCCGGAGAAGCGGCCCGACAUCGCCUACGUGUAUGAGAUCGCCAAGCACAUGCACACGCUGACUCUGGCACACUGAGGCCGGGGCCCAGCCGGCGCUGGCUCCUCUGCUGCAGAGGCCACUUUCAGCUGGCGCCUUGCCAGCCUUGUUCUUUUGUUUGUUCGGGGAUUUUUGUUUGUUUUUGUUUGUUUGUUUGUUUGUUUGGUUAUUUCGUUUUUCUUUCCAUGCGAAAGCCAUUCAACUGACCCUUUGUUCCGCAAUGUUAUGAUCAGAUGAAAGCAAGGUUGUUUUAGAAAGCUAUUCGGCCUUGAGGAGCCCUGAAUCCAAAGUGCUGAACUAAUACAGGGUGAUAUGCUGUCACAAUUUUAUGGACAGUUAUAUUUUGACACAGUUAUAAAUUUAUGCUGAAGAUGAGUCAUAGUAUAUGCAAGUAAUACACACACACACACACACACACACACACACACACACACACACACACACACACACACACACACACACACACACACACAGGUACAAUUUACCAGCAGACCACAAAGACAUGCACAACAUGUAAAAGCCUACCAGAAAUAAUUAAAGAAGUCUUUUUAACAGAUUGUGCCUAAACACAGAAGAAAACCACACCCUUAAAGUGUCUUGCUGUUAUGCACUUUUGGAUAUUGGUACAGAUGAUGCAAUACCCUGAUCAUUGAAUGUAAAUGUGCCUCUGUUACACAUGAGGUAUAGCGUAGUUUUUAUUUGAAAAGAAAAUGUAAGUUGGAUAAUGAUUUGAAUGGCCCUGUGACACUCCUUCUAACACCAAGUUUUGUAUAAAAAGAAAAACAAGACUGAAAAACUCAAUUGGUCUCUAUAAAAGUCAGCCAAAGUUCCCUUAAAAAGCAUCCUAUUUGAAUUAGCAAAGGCUUCUAGUUCUGUUAUAAGAGAAUGAAGUCAUUGUGGUAUUUGCUGCAGGUUGCUUGGGCUUUGUAACUAAUCCUGUAUCUUGGUCUGUGUUGGGAGCUCCUGCACGUACUCAUUUUUGAUGCAUUCUAAAUGACAAUUGUACUUUCAUACACAUUUCCUUACCCAUUUUGUUUUAUUGUGUGUUUCUCUCAUGUUGCGCACACAGAGUAUUCAGAGCAUGAUAUGGUGGCGAAGGUUUUCUCCUUUACACAAGCAUUUUAUUCCUACUUACCAAACAGCUGCAGCUGCAGGUCCUCUCAGUGAACAACUAGAUGUAGAGAAGUACAAUACUAGUGGUGCAAUUAUGGACCAAGACUGAUGAAGGAACACAACUCAAAUCUAGAUGAUGAACGACAGCUCCACAGCCUUCAAGUGAAGAAUCACAGUGCAAAUCACCAACACACUCCGCAUCACUUCUGCUGUGUGUAUGUGUGCUAUUCUGUAAAUGAUGUAAAACGUUCUCACAUGUGCAGAGUUCAGGUUUAAUGAUUUUUGGCAAGGUUUUUUUUUUAUUUUAUUUUUUAUUCUUUCAGACCGAAUAACUGUUUUGCCUGUGUGGAAUUAAGCAUGAUCUUAAGUGCCCUUUCUUGCCUAAACCAAAUCCAUAAGCAAUGUUCAAUCUGGUUGCCCACAACACAAUAAUGCAAAAAAAUGUUUUCAUCUUAAUUCGCUCACUGUUUUUUUUGUGUGUGGUUGUGGUUGGGCUUACUUACAAGCAAUAUUAGUGAUUAAAGACGUAUUGCUCUGUAGGAGGUAAAUGUAUAAAUCAGUUUGAGAUGAAUUGCACAUCUUUUGUCAGGCUUGUGGUAUGCGUCUUGAGAGUUUCUGUAGAAAUCGGCUAUAUUCCAUUUCAGUAACAUUUUGACUUGUUACAGAGUCAAUUCUCUGGUCUCAUAUUUCUUAUUAAAAGUGCUAUUCAUGAA